CGCUGACCAAUUGUAAUAGCGUCCAAGAACAGAGGUGACAGGAUGAAGAGCAGUGGGUGAAGUAAAGAUCAAAUAACUAAAGAUUUAUGCAGUAAAGUUACGAAAAUAGCGGAUUUACUGUCCUUGGAACGGCUAUUAUUUUAUAUGCUCUGAGGAUUCUUUUCAGGAGCACUUCGUCUCCGUGUAUUAUUUUUCCGAUGCUGCUUGUGUAUCUGCUGGCCUAUCUACCAAUUCGUUACUUUGCUCAAUCUGUCAAUAAUUGGAAGAGUAAAUCGUGGUUCAUGCCAGUCCUUCGAAAAUUCGGGGCUCACAAAGGCGCUGUAAGGAACAUAAAGCUCGCAGAAAGGAAUGGAAGUAUAGCAGCAUCUCAUGGUUCUGCGGGGGCUACAUUAGCAUCAUACCUCACAAUUGUGCCAAUCUAUCACAAACCAGUACCAAUGCUGCCUGAACUCACUCCCAUGCAAUUUGAAUUAGCGCUAUUUGGCUAUCUGAUGGUGUCAAUGUUGAUGCAAUUUGUCAACAUCUACAAAACAAAUGCAUAUGUGAUUGAUUUGCACUUGGCACUCUUCAUUGUUAUCAUUCUCUCAAGAAGGAUUUCAUGGCUGGCUGUGAAAAAGACAUUGGCGUCUGAAGUAGUUCAUUCAUCUGCUUAUUGGGCCAAGAUCGUUUUGAAGACAUUGUUUUUUGCCCUCAUGAUUGCCGCCGGUAUUUGGUCUUUUUGCUGCGUGGUGCAAAACAGCUCGAUUGAAGAUGUGCUCUUUUUAUGCUAUCCAUUUGCCGUCUAUCUCGGAACUUUUGGCUUCACUCUCAACCCCUAUGGUCAUAAGGUCUUGUUACGACUUGGCUCUCACCAGUUACAAGCAGUCCAGGAUUUGAUCGCCAGUAAUACCUCAUUGCUAGCUAGACCCACUCCGCAGUCGCUAGGGAGUGAGCUGGGCAGCAUAUCACCGACGAAAUGCGAGCAAAAGAACAAGGUCGAAGAAACGGUACAAAACGGUCAAGCUACUAAUCAGAAUGGUAAUAUUACUAAUAAUGGUCAUUUGAAACGAGAAGACAGCUCGAGAUGUGUGGAAAACCACUGCACUGUGUCUCCUGACAGUGUGCGGUACGAAGCCGAAUGUUUACGAACGGACUUUAAUUUGAGAAUCAAACAAGUCAUCUUCAGCUCUGUUGUUAGUGCUUAUUACGUUGGAUUCAUCCCAGUAAAAUUUACUCAGAAUGGUUCAUUUUAUUACGAUCCUCACUGGGCCAUACAGUACGUUCUUUUUAUUUGGUGGAAUUCAUUCGUACUUCUUAUCGGCCAUCUGAUGCCAUUCGUAUAUAUUGACGCCCUGCAUCGGUGUGCGGUGCAUCUUGGGUCUUGGAAACGAUAUUAUGGACACAGGGAAACACAACACGUAUGGUCGCCUCUAACCAUAUGGCCCCAGGGUGUUAUAGUGAAACACUACAAAGUCUCUUAUAAAGCUGUUGGCAAACAAAACACAGCCGUACCAGGAGACGGUCCUCAGUCGAGACUCUAUUUUCUCUUUGGAAGUCCUUUGCGAUUGAUAAACUGGCUGGUGCUCUUUCAACUGACGUCAGCGAUAUUACAGUUGUAUCUUUUAUUCCAAGCCUCCUACUGGCACCAGAUAAUGUCUGUAGUCGUUAUGCUGUAUUUCACGUAUGCCGUCUUAUUCCGGCUUUUACGCGAACGAUGGGCCGUUCAAGCCACCUUGGAGGAACACGAGGCAUGCGCAGGGACGUGACACCGGUAUCGGUAAUGUUAUGAUAAUGUCAUGGCUGUGGAAGCCUUUCAUUGUGGUAUCUUUAUGCAUAGAUAUAUUGUAUUAAUGUAACCUAUUGAGCUCAA